AUGUCUGUCCUGGUUAAUGGGUCACCAUCCAAGCCGUUUAACAUGGAGAGAUGCCUCAGACAAGGGGAUCCUCUUUCUCCAUUUCUGUUUGUGCUAGUGGUCGAUGUGUUGCAUCGGAUGUCGGGAGAAGCUGUCAGGAACGGGCGCAUUGAUCCGCUACUGGUCGGAGGAGAGCAUAUCGAAUUGUCACACUUACAAUUUGCAGAUGAUACGAUAUUGUUUUGUCCCCCGAUAACAGAGACAAUCGAUUGGAUAGAUCAUGCGUGUGGUCUGCUGGGGUGCAAGCAACCGGUAUUACCAGUUAGGUACCUCGGAAUUUCCUUGGGUGCGAAUCUGCGUAUGGUGAAGACUUAG